UCCCCUUCCGCGGCUCCUCCCGCGCCGAGGCGAAGCGGCUUCUCCGCUGGGCCGAGUCCGCCUGUCCGCCGGCGGGCAUGGAGCGCCACUCCCGGAGCCCCCGCGCGCCCCGCGACCGCACGCCCUCCGACCCUCGCUAGCUCUUGGCAUUGGGCCUUCUCUCCACCACCCAACCGGGUCUUCGGAGCCUGUGGCGUUGUGAUUCGGACGAAAUGGAAGAAAAGGAGCGAUGUGACCCAUUCGGCUCUGCCCUCCUGCUUUGAGGCCUAGUUGGCAUCUGCAGAGAGGAAAACACAGCCAGGAAAGCGUGGUGUUUUCUUUUUUUCCAAAGGGGGUGGGAGGGGAAGGUAGCGAAAGGGAGGAAUCCUACGUUUUAUAUGUUUUUUUUCCCCUUUGUUAAUUCUGCACUUUGAAAGUGUUGGCUAAAUAAACUAAUCCAAAAGUUAUUAUUUUUUUAAUCGAGAAGACAGAAAAGAUAGAUUUUUUUUUGUCCCCUUUGAUUCCAACCUUUCCUCCCAGUGACAAAGCAUAAAUCAUGGACACCAGAGAAUAGGUGAAUCUCAGGAAUCUGAAGACAGAGAAACCUAGACUGUCCUCAGGAGGAAAGGAGCGCGGAGUGUUUAUCUGCUCUGCCUGGAACCUAAAUCGAAAAACAUGAGUUGCAUGCCUUGGAAAGGAGACAAGGCCAAAUCUGAAUCCUUGGAGCUUCCCCAGGCAGCGCCCCCACAAAUCUACCACGAGAAGCAGCGCAGGGAGCUGUGUGCUCUCCAUGCCCUCAACAACGUCUUCCAGGACAGCAACGCCUUCACGCGGGAAACGCUGCAGGAGAUUUUCCAGAGGCUGUCUCCGAACACUAUGGUGACGCCCCACAGGAAGAGCAUGCUGGGAAACGGGAACUAUGAUGUGAAUGUCAUUAUGGCCGCACUUCAAACCAAAGGCUAUGAAGCUGUUUGGUGGGACAAGCGCAGGGACGUGGGUGUCAUUGCUCUUCCUAACGUCAUGGGCUUCAUCAUGAACCUGCCCUCCAGCCUGUGCUGGGGCCCACUCAAAUUGCCUCUCAAAAGGCAGCACUGGAUCUGUGUUCGUGAGGUGGGAGGGGCCUACUACAACCUUGACUCCAAACUCAAGAUGCCAGAGUGGAUUGGAGGCGAGAGUGAGCUCAGGAAAUUUCUAAAAUACCAUUUGCGAGGUAAAAACUGUGAACUCCUACUAGUGGUACCGGAAGAAGUGGAAGCCCAUCAGAGCUGGAGGGCCGACGUGUGACAGUUCUGCUUGACCCCUGUCUCAACCCUCCAGACCUCUUUGAUGUGCUGUGGCCUCUACAGUCCACUUUCCCAAACAUCUCAUUGGGUUUUCCCUUCAGAUUUGCCAGUGCAAUAGGACGGAUGUGUGGACUGUCACAGAGCCACCCAGCAGUCUGUGCCUGGGGGAAGAAGGUAGGAGCUCUGAAUACACAGGGCAAGCCAUUGAACACCUUUUGCUGUUUCAGCGAGGGAGCUGAAAAGGCUGUCCUUUGAGGAGGCUGGGUUAUUUCUCCCUUUCUGUGAGGUCUUGAUGCAGGUUCUGCUGGUAGUGUCACUGCUGCUUCAGGCCCAGAGAGGCCGCCGCCGCCCCUUUUCUUCCCUGACCACAUGGGGUCUGAGGACACAGUACACGCAGAGCCCAGUGACUGGCUCAGAGGACCCAGAGCCAGGAAACUGUCUCUCAGGAAACUGUCAAGACUCCAGCAGUGGCACUGCAUGCCCUCUGCAGUCCAUUAUGCCACCUCUUAGCCCUUUUUAAGUCCCAGCCAGCCUUGGAGUUUUAUAAUGAAAAGUUCUGCUAUUCCAAAGUAGGUGAAUUGCACAUUAUUCUAGCAAGACAAUGGUGAAAGAUAUACCUAAUAUUCUGUGGGUAAAGCCACAGUAGGGUAGUCACAGGUGGCUCUUCACUCUAAUUAUGUCCCUACCAUUUCACUACACUGACUGGGGAGGCUUUGGGGUAAAAGACAACAAACAGGGAUAGUACUCAUAGUUGGCCCAUUUUAGCAGUCAGAAACACAUCUACCACUGACAUCCAGUUCCAUAGUUUGGGACAGAGUUGGGCGAGGAGACUGCCUUGAAGGUAAGCUUCAGGGGUUGAGACCAGGAGGCGUGUCUGGAGCUCCAGCCUGGAGGCAGCAUUCUCAGGCUGGCUGUACCUCUGAGCUAGAGCCUCUAGGUUUGGCAUCUGUAGUUUCUUUCACAAACAGGGUUGGCUCGCCCCACCUCAAGUAGUUCUAGACCAUUUUUUUUCUCCUAUACUUUUGGAAAAUGAGGGGAAAUAAGUAUCCUACCCCCAUACCAAUGUGUUUGUGGUGGCCUUCAAGGCAGGUGACCUGGCCAGCCCUUACCGAUCCACGGUCUCUGCAGGUCUGAGAGCUGCCCCACUGGCCUGCUUCUCCCUUGGCAGCAGAGCUACCUGGGGCUUGCAUGUUAAUCCUGAGCAAGCUUGUUGGGGUGAAGCGGGGGCUGUCUCCCCACUGUGACUGGAGUGCAUGUUUACACCAGCACUUUUUCUGCACACGUAUCUUCAAUCCAACAAGGCCGUUUUUUAAUUCAAGUGGCAGAGGCCUCCGUGGCUCCUGCCUUGCACUCGGCCAUGGCCAUCUGCACCAUUUUCUACACCAGAUCUGCUUGGCACCAUGGGGAACUCUGCCCCUGCACAAUGACAUUCCAAUCACUACCAGCCAGAAGUUACAGCCGACCUUGCUGAUUGUCACAAGCAGGACCUUGGGUCCAUUGGCACUGUCGGUGAGAGUAAGCCAUUUCUUGGGAAGAGGAGACUCCUCCCUACAGAUCUGCUGGGGCCUGUGCAAAUGGCACUGCAAACGAGUCCCACAUGUGGGGUCCAUGAGCUGGUGGGACGUACAAAGACGCUUAAGCAUUUCAGGGCUGGUUCUGUCCAUAUCCAAUUCUGGUGCUUAGGAACAGGGACCCAUUGAUGCCCAAGGGCGAAAGCCCCACCCUAGUAAGGAGGGGCGUCCUGACCUUGAUGCCCAGCAAGGGGCAACCCUCGGCUUUGUCUCUCUUGCUUUAUUCCCUUCUUCUGUUGGCCUUGUGCUGGGUUUGUUUACAAAGAUGUAUUUUGUUUAACCAAAUAUUAAAAAUGAAAAGCUGAACACAA